CCGGCUCUACAUGCAAGAGGUGUCUGGAGAAUAUUGUGAGGUGUAACCUACAAAUGAUGUGAAGAAGGAUUGCCUUUUAUUUCGUUUUUAUUUCGUUUCACAGAGCCCUGGAUAUACAUUUUAUUCGUUUGGAAUACCUUUUUUAAUACAGGCAAUGUUAUUGACUUGAUGGUGGAUCCAGUUAAACUUUUCUUCGCUAUCCGAUAUUGCUCAAUGCAUUCCUCUUUAGACCGACGGUUUUAUGGACUUCUGUAUUAACUAAUGAUGUCUAUGGGUUUCAUGCCUGAUCGUUUGAAUGCUUCAGACCCCUCCAAAUCGGCAUUUUUAGAGUUUGGGUACGAGCACCCUGCGCACCAGCAGCAUUCCCAAGGAAUCUCUCACAUCUACCCCGUUAAUGGCUUACAUUCUGCCGGACAUUCUCAACACGGUAGUCCCUUCUCCCCCAGUGCGUCCUCCUAUGGCCGCUCCCUGGGCUACGCCUACCCCAGCGCGGUGAACGCUCAUCCCCCGAGUGCCUACAUGCCCUACCAGCACAACAAUCACAGUUUGGCGCACUCCAGAUUAGAGGAGACAGACCAUGAGAAGUCUACAGUGAUUGAGAACGGGGAAAUUCGCCUGAAUGGUAAAGGAAAGAAAAUACGCAAACCUCGGACCAUCUACUCCAGUCUUCAGCUACAGGCGCUCCACCAGAGGUUUCAGCAGACCCAGUACCUGGCCUUACCCGAGCGCGCGGAUCUGGCGGCAAAAUUAGGGCUGACCCAAACACAGGUGAAAAUAUGGUUUCAAAAUAAGCGCUCGAAAUAUAAGAAGAUAAUGAAGCAUGGCAGCGGACCGGAGGGGGAACAUCUCCACAGUACGUCAUCUAUCUCUCCCUGUUCACCCGGGAUGCCCCAAUUUUGGGAGGUGUCAAUGGCAAACAAAGGGACCCCUAUGCACCCCAACAAUUACAUGAACAAUUUUGGUCACUGGUACCCAAACCAUCACCAGGAUGCUAUGUCCAGACCUCAAAUGUUGUGAGCGAGCCAUCUCAACACAUUGCGCGGUGCUGUAAAACGCCACCCAGCCAUUUAGAACGUUUUAAAGGCCUAAAGGCCUAUAGGCUGCCUAUACCCAAACGCAAACGUGUUUCAUCUAUCAAGUUUGAAUUGUGUGUAAACGUGUGUUAAAUGUAAAUUGUAUUUUUUUCUUUUAUUGCAAUGUAUGUUUUUGGAUGACGAUUUGUUACGUAGGCCUAUGGUUAUUUCUUAUGCGUCCACUUUAUGCACUGUUCUUUAGAUUGGAACGGCUUUGUUGAGAAUUGUGCUGGCAGGUGGCAACAUGCUUAUGAUUUGAUUCCAGCAGGGUACAUGCACCUGAAUAUGUGUGUCGACUGGUUAUGACCGUUUUAUUGAUGUGAUUAACAGGAGUGCACCAGUCCACGUUUGAAUUCCUAGUCUCAGCAAAUAGGAACUCAUUAUGCAAAUAAAUGUCAGAAAUGUUUGACAUAAACAGUA